AUGGGUCAGCACUGCUCGUGCCUGGAGCACCCGCCCAAGUACCAGCGGCGGCAGUCGGACGACCUCGACACGGUGGAUAUGGAGCGCAGCGGCGACGACGACGACGACGACGACCAGGAGCUGGAGGUGUUCGUAGACGCGCAGGAGUCCCACGAGUUGCUGGGUGCCAGACCCAGAACAGGUUCAGGAGGGAGGGGCAGUCAGCGGGGCGUAUUAAAGCGCAGCGGGUCCUGUGUUGCCGCUGGGCUCAUGACCGGAGUGGACAGGAGAGGCGACGAGGACGAGGAGAAGGAGUCGGAGGAGCAGCACAUGCGGCGCAGUCUCAGCAUUGGGCUCAUGGGGCUGGCCGCAGACCAGCACCCAACCCCGUCACCUCGACCAGAGGAGCUGUCGAGGCUGCUACGAUCGUAUCAGGAAAUCACGGGUGUGAUUGACGAAGGCCAAUUGGACCUUGAGUGCAUAAUGUGCCUCGACACAUUCUCGGAGGAUAAUCCCAAGGUCCGCACACUGUGCAACUGCGGCAUGAACCGCACCAACUUCCACAUGAGUUGUUUGCUGGAGUGGCUCAACCGAGACUCGAAUUGUCCAGUUUGUCGAGAGUAUCUCUUCUUUGAGGACUCGUAAUUACUGUAUACCCGAAUGUCAAGAUUCAUGCUCAUAUUUCAAGCGCAAGUAUGGCUACCACAGCAGCGGAACUUGAGCUACCCCGGUCGUGACUACUGUAGACACCACGAGGGGUAUCAAAGUUACAAGGCCUGACAGUCCGUGAUCGUCGCUCCAGCUGAGGCUCGCGGAUCACUUUUGACGCGCACAAUAUUUUAUGCACCAGUGUAGUACUUAGUAGUAAUAGGAUGUUUCUCGCGACCACAGCGACUAUUUUGUGGUUGCUUCAAUGUCGCUCUGUAUUCUAUG